AUGGGUCCGCAAAGGUGUACGGGGUCCUAAAUGUUGAUUCUGGGGGACUUGACAGUGUAUUGGGUGAUCACUUAACACCGUGACUGAACUUCACCUGGACUUCGAUGAGCUCGCUACGUCUCAUCCGCAACGUUGCAUCCAAGCGACAUUUCAAACUGUCGCCCCUAUCAUGGCGUGCAUACGCAACGCCUGCAACUUACAAACCCCAAGAAAAAGACCCUCAGCUUGGCGAUUACCCUGAACUUCCAUGGGUAUCAGACCAGGAACUUCCUGCUAGAGGCUGGUGGGAUCAACAAAUGCGACGGAACUUCGGUGACCCGAUUCAAGAAUACGACGAAGUCUUGUCCAUGUGGGGCCCUGAUGCUCCUCCGAUUCCUCCGCAAAAGGCCUUGUUUCAGCUUUCUCUCGCCAUAUCCGCAUUCGUUGGCUUUGGUUUCCUGUGCAAGUACGCGCUCCUUCCAGAGAGACCAACCGUACCCCGGGAAUACCCGUACUCCGGUCUUGUACGUGAACUUGGCGGACUUGAAGAAAACAAGGCUAGAGAAGAGACUGAAGAGAUCGACGAGUAAUAUUGCGGUGUACCUAGACCUCACGUUUCUUAUCUGAGAGAAUUUCACUCUCACGCAUUCUGCUAUCUUUGCAUUAUGAGUGACUCUGCCAAUUCGCCACCGUUCAC